UAUCCGGUGGAUCCAGUGCUGAGCGCGUCCAGCGGCUUUGCUGGGACCGCGGAAAGCAGAAGUCUUCAGAAGGCUUGGUUCCAGAGAGAGCAUUUGGAAGAGAGGCCUUAGCACAGAGCACCAAGAGACAUCAAAGAGCAUGUCAUGUUCCGAAGAUGUUGAGAGGGAACAAAUGGUGAUGAGGAUGAUCACAGCAAGUAAACAGGAAUUUGUCUGUCCUCUGGGGUGGAAUCUGUCGAGCCUUGAGAGAAGCCUGUCCUGUGCUGGCGCUGCCAGAGGCAACCUGCGUACUCCAGGAGGUGAUGGGGAUCCCCUCGUCCCUAGCCCUCCCCGCUGCCAGGAGUGACUGGGCUGGUUGCAUGCCCUGCCGUCCUUUGGGCCACAUGCUCCUGUGGACAGCUCUGCUAUUCCUGGCUCCUGUUCCUGGGACACAUGCAGUUCUCCCAAAGGCUGAGGUGAAGCUUCAGCCUGCAUGGAUCAAUGUGCUCCAGGAGGAUUCUGUGACACUGACGUGCCAGGGCGACCAUGACCCUGAGAACAACACCACCCAGUGGUUCCAUAAUGGGAACUUCACCUGGACCGAGAACCAGCCCAGCUUCAGCUUUAAGGCCAGGAGCGCUAGCAGCGGAUACUACAGGUGCCAGACUGCCUACUCCAGUCUCAGCGACCCUGUGCAUCUGGAUGUGAUUUCUGACUGGCUGCUGCUCCAAACCUCUAGUCUGGUGUUCCAGGAAGGGGAGCCCAUCUUGCUGAGGUGCCAUAGCUGGAGAAACAAGCCUCUGCAUAAGGUUGCAUUUUUCCAGAAUGGAAAAUCUAAGAAGUUUUCCUAUGUGGAUUCCAACUUCUCCAUCCCACAAGCAAACCAGAGUCAUAGUGGCGAGUACCACUGCACAGGAUUUAUCGGGAAGACGUCACACUCAUCACAGUCUGUGAACAUCACUGUCCAAGGGUCCAGCUUGAACAACUUGCUGGUGACGAUAGUUGUGGCUGUGGUUGCUUGGAUUGUUGCAAUGGCUAUUGCUGCUGCCAUAGCAGCCUGGUUCCGCCUCAGGCGAAAGCGGAUUUCAGCUCUCCCAGGAACCCCUAAGCACAGGGAAAUGGGAGAUACCCUCCCUGAGGAACCAGCCAAUCACACUGAUGCUGAAGAGGCUGCCAAAAUUGAGGCUGAGGAUACAAUCACCUAUUCACUUCUCUUGCAUCCGGAAGCUGCAGAAGGAGAAGCAGAGGCUUCAGAUUACCAGAACCACAUUUAAAUUUCAUUAUCUUGCCUGGGACUUGGGGAAGAGAAUAAGAGAAUAAGAGAAUAAGAGAAUAAGGAUUUGGUGUUUUCUGCCCUGAAUUCCUCUUAGGGAAGAGAAGAGAAUUUCACAGUUGCAAAGGAACCCCUCCGGAGUUAUCUACAUGAAUCCUGAAGCUCCCUUUUCUGAAAGCCACAGACAAUACCGUCUCAGAUAACUGACCUGCUGAUUUCUUCUGUGCCUCAGCACUUCUCACCAUUAGGACUCUUCUGUUAGACUUCCACACAGCCAGUGAAAAUUACUUUUAAUAAGAGAUUGUAGCAACAUGGGAAAUACUUAUGUUACAGAUGACAUGAGAAAAAUUAUAUAAAUAUACAUGAUUUCAGAAAUGUUGAAACAGACUAACAUAUGCCAAUAUAUUAAAAGCAAUUGUUUCAGGGUGAUGGAAUUAUUGGCGCUUUUCAUUUCCUUUAUUUUUCUGUGUAGAUCAUAUAUUACUUUCAUAAUAAAAUACUACACAAACAA